AUGAUUUAUAACAUAAAAUACGAUCUUUUAUGUUUUUUAGAAACUUUUAAAAUUAUCAUUUUAAAUAUAAGAAUAAAAAAAGAAAAGGAAGAGAAAAACAAAAGAAAUAAUAGUAAUAUAAUAGGUAACAUAUGUAUAUUUUUUAGUUAUGUAUGGGUUUUAGGGCUAUUAUUAUGUUAUAAAGAUAUUUGGCUAGUUCAUUCCUAUCAAAUAAAAAAUGAUAGGACAAGAAAACAUAGUUAUAAUUUUCUUAAACCUAUAAAAUAUGAUUUAUUUACACACAAAAAAAAUGUAUACACUUCAAAUAAGCAUAAUAAAAAAACAAUUUUGCAAACUUUCAAAGGAAUAAUAAAAAAAAAAAAUGAAAUAGGAUCUAGAGUAAAAGAAGAUUAUUACAAUGACAUCGUUGAAAAUGAAAAUAAGAUAUCCAAAAAAAAUGUAACAAAGGAAUUAAAUAAAAAUAAUAAUUAUUUCAAUAAUUUAUGUUAUAGUGAUAUGAUUAACAAAACUGUAGAUGAAAAUGUAAAUUUUGAUGAUGGUAUAAUAAAUUAUUUUGUUUUAAAUUCAAAUCCAAACUUAUCAUUCUUUCUUAAUAGUAAUGAAAAAGGAAAGAAAAUUUAUACAAUUACUACAAAGAAUAAAAAAAAUGUUUCAGAAGAUAUGGAAAAUAAUGACAAUAUAUCAGAAGAAGAACAUACCAUAAAAAAUAAAAAAAAAAAAAAAAAUGAAAAGAAUGAAAAUCAUAUUAAUAAUAAAUGUAGAAUAAAAUUAAAACUAAAAAGAGGUUAUAUGAAUGAAAUAUAUGAACGAGAAAAAAAAAAGCUUAGUAUGAUUUUGUCAACAAUUAAAGAUAAAAGUAUUUUUAAAAAGAAAAAAAAUAAAAUUAAAGAAACGAUUUUAUUAUUAAAUGGACAAACAGUUAAGACAGAAGUUAUAAAACAAUAUCUUUUUCAUAAAUUAAGAUUAGAAUAUUAUGAAAGCAUAAGAGAUCAAAAAAAAAUAUUAACCUUAGAUUUAUGGUCUAAAGAAAUUAAUAUGUCAGUAGAAAACUUAAAAAAAUUAAUUGUUUAUAUUUAUAAAAUGAAAAAUUUAGUACAAAAAGAAGAUGAAGAUUUAUUAAUCAAAACUUAUUUUUAUAACAAAACCAAUAUGUUUACACUGUUUAGAAAUAAUUACACCGAUAAUGAUAUUCCCUUAGAUUAUGAUUUAUUAGAAAAAAAAGUAGAUACCGAAAAUUCUAAUGAAAAUGAUAAAGGUCAUGAAAUAUUAGAUCAAGAACCAUCAGGAAAUCUUACUAAUGAUAACAAAAAUAAAAAGAAUAUGAAGAAAAAAAAUGUUCAAAAGGAUUCUUAUAUGGAUACUGCAAAUAAUUUGAAGGAAAAUGAUGAUAUAUCAAAAAGAGAUAAUAAUAAUAAUAAUAAUAAUAGUGAAAAUAAUUAUGAUAUAUUUAUGGAUUAUUUUGAUAAUGCAGAAAAGGUUUUAUAUAACGAUUGUGAGAAUUUAAUAAAUGUAGAAGUACAAAAAUUUAUGGAAUGUAUUAAAGAUAUUGUAUUUUUUGAAAACUCCAUUUAUUUGAUUGAAAAAUUAGAAAACAGACCACCCUUAUUAGAAGAAUUAACUUAUGCAUAUAAUUAUGAUAAAGAUAUAUUUUUAAAAAAAUUAGAAAAUAAAAUAAAAUUAUCACAAAAACUACUGAUAUAUUUUAUACCUCUUAUUAAUAGUACGGUUAAAAGAAUAGAAGCAAAUUUUAGUAGUAAUUUAAGUGAAGAUGAUUUUUUAUUAGUAAGUCUUGAUGCUGUUAAAAAUGGAUUUAAAAAAUAUGAUGUUGAAAAGUUGGGUAUAAAAAAUUUAACAAAAUAUGUAUAUAUAUGGGCUAAAAAUAGUACAUAUAAUUAUUAUCAAAAACAUAAAUCGUUUGUAUCUAUAUCUCCACAUACAUAUAGUGAUUAUAAUAAAAUAAAAAAAUUUGAAGAUUCCUUUUUAGAAAAACAUAAUAGAAGACCUAAUAUUAAAGAAAUUAGUGAAGGCUUACAUUUAUCGGAAGAAAGGGUUGAAAAAGCUCUUACAUCAUUUGUUAAUAUUAUAGAUGCAGAAAAGCCUAUAGUUUAUCAUAAUAAUAAAUCUGGAAAUGAAGAAAAAAAUACUUAUAAAGAUUUAAUAGUUAAUUCAGAUGAUAUACAUAGCUUUAAUGAAAUUAUGUAUAAUGAUAUAGUAAUAAAAGCGUUGAGAACAUUUAUUUGUAAGGGGUUAAAAAAAAAAAUAAACAAAUUAAUUAUAUUUAUGAAAUUUGGAUUAUUCUUAAAAAAAAAAAUUUAUACAGAUGAUGAAAUAUGUGAAAUAUUAAAAAUUUCAAAAAAAAAAUUCCAAAAACAGUUUGAAGAUUCUUUAAAUGAAAUUAAAAAAUAUAUAACAAAAAUUAAAAGUAAUAAAUCUCAAUUGGAUACCAACUUUGAUUUUGCGUCUUAUCUUAAUUUAACACAGUAUGACUUUUUGGGAAACGAUUUUUCUCAAAUAGAUAUAUAA